UUCAAUCUUGAUCCCCCAACCCAUUUACGCCCGAUGAUUGUCAUUGACUCACACUGUCGCGACUAUGCGCAGAAGCUUGGCGCCAAUUCUCCACAAACCCAAACUCUCUCUUCACUUCUCCACCACUACCAUCCUCUCGCAUAACCAAAAUGCAUACUCACAACAACACAGCAUCGCCACCGUCGUCCACUCCCUCUGCGACGCUCGCCGUUUCUCCGAAGCCCACCACCGCUUCUCCCUCUCCCUCGCCUCCGCCUCCCUCCCCGACGAGCGCACCUGCAACGUCCUCCUCGCUCGCCUCCUCGCUUCUCAAACCCCUCAAGCCACGUGGCGCCUCCUUCAAUCUCUCAUCGCUUCCAAGCCCGGUUUCGUUCCUUCUUUGCUCAACUACAACCACUUGAUGGACCAGUUUUGCCGUGCCCAUAGCCCCCGCCACGCUCACAGGCUCUUUUUCGACAUGAAGAAUCGUGGGCAUUGCCCAAAUGUUGUUUCUUUCACCACUUUGAUUAGUGGGUACUGUCUGGUUGGUGCAAUGAGAGAUGCACGUAAGGUGUUCGACGAAAUGCUUGAGAGUGGUGUGGCGCCGAAUUCGGUGACUUACAGUGUCUUGACUCGCGGGGUUCUUCUGGAGAGGGAUUUGGAAGGCGGGAGGGAGUUGAUGUGUAAGGUUUGGGAGAGGAUGAGUGUGGAAGUGGACGAGUGUGUGAAGACUGCGGCUUUUGCGAAUUUGGUUGAUUCUUUGUGUAGGGGAGGGUUUUUCAAUGAAGUGUUUAGGAUUGCCGAGGAGUUGCCGUUUGGGAGUGGUUUUCCUGAGGAGGUUGCUUAUGGCCUGAUGGUGGAUUCGCUCUGCAGAGUUGGGAGGUAUAAUGGGGCAGCUAGGAUUAUUUAUGUAAUGAGGAAAAGAGGGUUUGUUCCGAGUGAGGUGUCGUAUAAUCAUAUAAUUCAUGGGCUUAGCAAGGAUGGUGAUUGUAUGAGGGCUUAUCAGUUGUUAGAGGAAGGAGCUGAAUUUGGGUUCAUGCUAUCUGAGCAUACUUAUAAGGUGCUAUUGGAGGCUCUUUGUCAAGUGUUGGAUGUGGACAAGGCGAGGGAAGUUUUGAAACUCAUGCUGCGGAAGGAAGGUGUUGACAAGACUAGGAUUUACAACAUUUACUUGAGAGCUCUUUGUCUUAUGAACAAUCCGACCGAGCUUUUGAAUGUGCUUGUGUUUAUGUUAGAGAGCCAGUGUCCGGCUGACGUGAUCACCCUCAACACGGUGAUCAACGGUUUUUGCAAGAUGGGUAGGAUUGAUGAAGCUUCAAAGGUGUUGCAUGACAUGAUGGUGGGUAAAUUUGCUGCUCCUGAUGUUGUGACCUUCACUACCGUGAUUUCUGGUCUGUUGGAUGCUGAAAGAGUCAAUGAAGCCCUUGAUUUAUUUCAUAAGGUGAUGCCAGAAAAUGGUUUAAGACCUAGUGUUGUGACAUAUAAUGCUCUUCUCCGAGGUUUAUUCAAACUGAAGAGACCGCAUGAUGCAUUGAGGGUUUUCAAUGACAUGAUAAGUGAUGGCAUUACCGCAGAUUGUAUCACUUAUACAGUUGUUGUAGAAUGUCUCUAUGAAUCUGACCAAAUAGAAGAGGCAAAGAGUUUUUGGCACGGUGUUAUUUGGCCUUCUGGGGUUCAUGAUAAUUUUGUUUAUGCAGCAAUUCUGAAAGGGCUCUGUCGCUCUGGCAAAUUUAGUGAGGCUUGUCAUUUCUUGUAUGAAUUGGUGGAUUCUGGGGGCUCUCCAAAUAUAUUUAGUUAUAAUAUUCUGAUCAACUGUGCAUGCAAUCUUGGUUUGAAAAUAGAAGCUUACCAAAUUGUUAGAGAGAUGAAAAAGAAUGGGCUGUCACCUGAUUCUGUGACAUGGAGGAUUCUUGACAAGUUACAUGGCAAAGUGAGGAAGAACAUCCAUUCUGAAGAUUCAACCAUGUCAACAAUUUAUGAGGGACCUGACAUGCAGCAAGUAGGGGUAGAAGCAAAUGGGGUUCAGUUUGUAAUUUAAAACAGUAACUUAAAAAAUGUGGUUUGGUUCAGAGGAGGGUCUAAAGCAACAUACAAGGGAUUUGAAGUUUUAACAAUGAGGAGCAUUUAACUAAGACCAAUGGUAAAACUUUGGAUUUUACCAUAAAAACGUGAAUCUUGUAAUAAGCUUGGCAGCCGCAGGAUUAAUCCCUGC